AUGGUCAACGCCGCAAAAGUACUCCAGGACCUGCGCGCCUCCGCAGAGCGCAAGCCAGAUGUCGUCGUCCGUCUCGGAAAGCCCCUCAUCGAUUCGGGCGCCGUCUUGAAACUCGAUGCCGAUGCUUGGCUCGUGUACGAGCAGGUUGCUAUUGCUGCACUGGAUAUGGGCGAUGAUGCCCUUGCCCUCAAAUGCAUCCAGGCUCUCGAGACAAAGUUCCCAGGAUCGCCUCGCGUCCGCCGUCUUCAAGGAAUGCAGCUGGAGGCAUCAGGAAAGCUCGCAGAGGCAGGACUGAUCUACAAGGCUAUCCUCGAGGAGGACGAGACCAACGUCCUCGCCUCGAAGCGUCAGGUCAUGCUGUUGCGCGCAAUGGGAUUGCCCUCGGAGGCCAUCUCUGCACUGGUCAAGUACCUGGAUAUCAACUACACCGACUUUGAGGGAUGGCUCCAGCUCGCCGAUUUGUACUUGGAUGAGCUCAUGUACGCACAGGCUGCGUUUUGCAUGGAGGAGGUGUUGAUGCUUCAACCCCAGAACCACAUCUUCCACCUCAAAUAUGCCGAGAUUCUUUACACACAGGACAACUUCCAGUUGGCAUUGAAGCAGUUUUGCCGCGUCGUCGAGUUGUGCAGGGAUCAUGUCCGUGGACUUUAUGGAAUCAAGAUGUGCGCUUCUCGCUUGUUGAAGGCAGCACCAUCAAAAGACGCAGCAGCAGCAACAUCGCAUGAGGAUUUGGAGGCUAUGGACUUGUUGGCCACAGAGCGUUUGAUCGCCCUCUAUGGCGCCCCAGGUGCUGCAGCCGAGUCAUCCAAAGUGGCCGCUACCAAGUGGAUCGAGAUCCAGUAA